CUUUCGGACACGAAAUGAGCAAGAGAAUGGUCUUGCGUGUAAACCUAUACUGGGAAUAGCCCCUAUUUAUAUUCACGCGAACAAACGUUCGUCUUUUGUCAACAGGGUCACUUGUUUGAACUUAUGUGCAAAAAACAGUAGUUCACCUACAAGAAAACGUGCGUUGCUAUGGCAGAGUAAAUAAUUUAAGGCUGCCCACCCAUACACAAAUUUGGGAGCGAGUUCCAUGAAAGCUUAAUAUUAUAUAUAUUUAAUACCUCGGUUGACAAAGACGAAAGUUGCUGUAUACAGGUCAAAAUUGCGGUCAGUUGGGGAGCUGAUGUACAGCGACUGGAGAUUACGAAGGGCGGGCGCAAACAACAUCCUGUCCACAAGGCAAGGGUUUUUGCUUCAGGGGAUUCUGAAGAGAAUUCACCCCACCACUGCGCAAAUAAAAUGGGGCGCUUCGGCGUGCGACGAAGAAAGGCCCUUCUGGUUCGCUGAAGCCAACAUUACCAGACGUUUUUCCUUCUCCCCGCCCUUUCUCGACUAGGUGGAGCCAUUGUUCCUUAGGGCGGGGCGGACGAGCCUGAGCCAGCUAGGUUUAUGCAGCGCGCAGGAGGACUGGCUCGGCCACUUUGACUCUGCUCCGCUAGCGCGCAGGCAAGCAGCCGGCACGGAAGAGGGGCCCCCCGAAGAGCAUUCAACAGCCGGCCCUUUCGUUCGCUUGCAGCGCUUACACGUGGCAGUCGCUUCACCGCAGAGACCCAAGACCAGCUUCGGAAAGAAGGACGUCGGCACUAUGGGCAAAGGGGCUGGACGUGACAAGUAUGAGCCUGCAGCAACAUCUGAGCAUGGAGCCAAGAAGAAAAAGGGGAAGAAAGAAAAGGAUAUGGACGAACUGAAAAAGGAAGUUUCACUGGAUGAUCACAAACUCACUCUUGAUGAACUUCAUCGGAAAUAUGGAACAGACCUCAGCCGGGGUCUGACUCCUGCACGGGCCACGGAGAUCUUGGCUCGUGAUGGCCCCAACGCUCUCACCCCCCCUCCCACAACCCCAGAAUGGGUUAAAUUUUGUCGGCAGCUAUUUGGGGGCUUCUCCCUUCUGCUGUGGAUUGGAGCUAUUCUUUGUUUCCUGGCAUAUGGUAUUCAAGCUGCAACAGGGGAGGAGGCAAAUAAUGACAAUUUGUAUCUGGGUGUUGUGCUUGCUGCUGUCGUCAUCAUAACCGGCUGUUUCUCUUACUACCAAGAAGCAAAGAGUUCAAAGAUCAUGGAGUCCUUCAAAAACAUGGUGCCUCAGCAAGCUUUGGUGAUCCGAAAUGGGGAGAAGAUGAGCAUCAAUGCUGAAGGGGUGGCUGUUGGAGACCUAGUGGAGGUGAAAGGAGGUGACAGAAUCCCAGCUGAUCUGAGAAUUAUUUCAGCUCAUGGUUGUAAGGUGGAUAACUCUUCACUCACUGGUGAAUCGGAACCUCAGACUAGAUCUCCAGACUUCACAAAUGAGAAUCCACUGGAGACAAGAAAUAUUGCUUUCUUCUCUACCAACUGUGUUGAAGGCACAGCCCGCGGCAUAGUCAUUAACACUGGCGAUCGUACUGUAAUGGGCCGCAUUGCCACAUUGGCCUCUGGACUGGAAGGGGGGCGGACGCCCAUUGCCAUGGAGAUUGAGCACUUUAUCCACAUCAUUACUGGCGUGGCUGUGUUCCUUGGAGUUUCCUUCUUCGUCCUUUCACUGAUCCUUGAGUACACGUGGCUGGAGGCUGUUAUCUUUCUUAUUGGGAUCAUUGUUGCCAAUGUCCCCGAGGGUUUGCUUGCUACAGUCACAGUAUGUCUAACACUAACUGCCAAGCGCAUGGCUCGUAAAAAUUGUCUCGUGAAGAAUUUGGAAGCUGUGGAAACUCUGGGCUCUACAUCUACAAUCUGCUCUGACAAAACUGGCACCCUGACUCAGAACCGCAUGACAGUUGCUCACAUGUGGUUUGAUAACCAAAUCCAUGAAGCUGAUACUACAGAAAACCAAAGUGGUGCCUCUUUUGACAAGACAUCUCCCUCUUGGACCGCUUUAGCUAGGAUCGCAGGACUGUGCAACCGUGCUGUGUUUCAGGCCAACCAAGAAAAUGUUCCUAUUCUGAAGAGGUCAGUGGCCGGCGAUGCUUCUGAAUCUGCACUCCUCAAAUGCAUUGAACUGUGCUGUGGGUCUGUCAGGGACCUGAGAGAGAAGAACUCCAAGGUGGUGGAGAUUCCAUUUAACUCGACCAACAAAUACCAACUUUCAAUCCACAAGAACGCAAACCCAUCAGAGUCACGGUACCUGCUUGUGAUGAAAGGAGCUCCAGAGAGAAUCCUGGACCGUUGCAGCACCAUCCUGAUCCAUGGGAAAGAGCAGCCCUUAGACGAAGAGGCUAAAGAUGCGUUUCAGAAUGCCUACCUUGAGUUAGGAGGCCUGGGGGAGAGAGUACUGGGCUUUUGUCACCUCGCCCUGCCCGAUGAGCAGUUCCCUGAAGGUUUCCAGUUUGACACAGAUGAAGUGAACUUCCCCGUAGAGAAGCUCUGUUUUGUUGGGUUGAUUUCUAUGAUUGAUCCACCUCGGGCAGCUGUGCCUGAUGCUGUUGGUAAAUGCAGAAGUGCUGGAAUAAAGGUUAUCAUGGUGACAGGAGACCAUCCGAUCACAGCUAAAGCUAUUGCCAAGGGCGUUGGCAUAAUCUCUGAAGGCAAUGAGACAGUGGAAGACAUUGCUCUCCGUCUCAACAUUCCAGUCAGCCAGGUCAACCCCAGAGAUGCCAAAGCCUGUGUAAUUCAUGGCUCUGAUUUGAAAGACAUGACCAGUGAGCAGCUAGAUGGAAUUCUGAGACAUCAUACAGAAAUAGUUUUCGCCAGAACUUCACCUCAGCAGAAGCUUAUCAUUGUGGAAGGCUGCCAACGGCAGGGUGCCAUUGUAGCUGUUACAGGUGAUGGUGUGAACGAUUCCCCUGCUUUGAAGAAAGCAGACAUUGGUGUUGCUAUGGGUAUUGCUGGGUCUGAUGUCUCUAAGCAGGCAGCUGACAUGAUUCUGCUGGAUGACAACUUUGCCUCUAUUGUCACUGGAGUUGAAGAGGGCCGCCUGAUUUUUGAUAACCUGAAGAAGUCAAUUGCUUACACCUUGACCAGUAACAUUCCCGAGAUUACUCCAUUCCUCAUCUUCAUCGUUGCCAACAUCCCCCUACCACUGGGCACAGUUACCAUCCUGUGCAUUGACUUGGGCACUGAUAUGGUUCCUGCAAUCUCUCUGGCAUACGAGCAAGCUGAAAGUGACAUCAUGAAGAGACAGCCCAGAAACCCCAAGACAGACAAACUGGUAAACGAACGGUUGAUCAGCAUGGCUUAUGGUCAGAUUGGAAUGAUCCAAGCAUUGGGAGGCUUCUUCACCUAUUUCGUGAUCCUUGCUGAGAAUGGCUUCUUGCCAUCUACCUUGUUGGGGAUUAGAGUGUUAUGGGAUGACCGAUGGGUUAAUGAUGUGGAGGACAGUUAUGGACAGCAAUGGACUUAUGAGCAACGGAAAAUUGUGGAAUUUACUUGUCACACAGCUUUCUUUGUCAGCAUUGUGGUGGUGCAGUGGGCAGACUUGGUUAUCUGUAAGACCAGAAGGAAUUCUGUUUUCCAGCAAGGAAUGAAGAACAAGAUCUUAAUAUUUGGUCUCUUUGAAGAGACUGCCUUGGCUGCCUUCCUCUCUUACUGCCCUGGAAUGGAUGUUGCCUUGAGGAUGUAUCCUCUCAAACCAACAUGGUGGUUCUGUGCCUUCCCCUACUCUCUCCUCAUCUUUGUGUACGAUGAAGUGAGAAAACUCAUUAUCAGACGCAGCCCUGGAGGCUGGGUGGAAAAGGAAACCUACUACUAAAGUAAUACUGGACCAGAUGUGGCUGCCCUCCAACGCUUCGCUGCUGUGUGAGCUUCUAGAAUUGCAGGCAGAUGGAACCCUCGAAGGACGGAAGCAAGUGGCGGGUGACGGCUGGAAGAAUCACGGAGCAGGGAGGGAUGGGGGGGGCAAAUGCAGUCCAGGGCGAGGGCAGAAGAUGGGAGUAGUUUUUAAUGUGCCUUUUUGUUUUUGUAAGAAACACAAUAAGAUUUUAUAUCUGGACUUUUACAAAUAAAGAUGGAUCAUAAGAAGA